UUUGCUUGACGUGAUGAGUCAUUUCUGAAUUGACAGUUGAUUGCUUGUGAUUGUGGUAUUUUCAGAUUAUUGUUAACUAGUGGAUAGGCCAUAAUAAUUCCAUUAUUCUACAUCUUCUAAACAAACACUGAUGGUAAAUUAUGCGUAUCAUUGUAAACAAUGCGAGAUAUUUUAAUACAGAAGAGUUAGUGCUGGUAGAAGACGUAUUUAUGUUUCGGUAUCUUCCCUAGAGAAUAUUCGUCACUGCAAUAAAACUAAAAUUCCGACUGUGAUAUAGGAUUAGAUUUUAUAGAUAUGAAGAAACAAUUUUUCCGUGUGAAACAGUUAGCCGAUCAAACCUUUCUAAGGGCUGAAAAGAGCGAGAUAUUAAACCAUGAAGAACUACAGAUUGCCGAUCAAAAGGUGGAAUUCCUUCGUGGAGCCGUUGCUGCGAUUACAAAGAAAAUCGCCCCCAAUGGAUCCGUUGUGGAUAUCGAUAAAGUCAUCAAAAAGACCAUGGAGUAUCAGCUAGGUACGACGUUCAUCGAGGAAAGUCGACAGAGCAAGGAAUGCCCCCUUUUCCAAAGUAUUCUGAAGUCUUGCGGAGAAAUCGAGCAGCAGCUUGCCAAAGAAUUCGGUGAUCAUGAGACCAAAGUGGAGGAGAUGGUCUACAAUCCAUUGCAAACUGUUUUGGAAAACGAUUUUCCAAAUAUACUCAAACACAAGCAGAGUUUGAAGAAGUACUGCCUCGACAAGGAUUCAGCCAGUAACCGGUAUCAGGCUACUGGUAAAGAGACGCUAAGGGAAGAUAUGGAGGAGGCAGAUACAAAAGUAGAACAAAGCCGAGAUGCCCUAGCUGUAGAAAUGUUCAGCGUUUUGGCCAAAGAAAAUGAACUUUCUGAGUAUAUUCUACAACUUCUGAAGUUACAAAGGAGCUAUCACGAAAGUGCACUUAAAAAUUUGGAAAUGCUUAUACCGUUUCUGGAACACAAAAUAGGUAAUAGCCCAGUACGCAAAGUAUUCGGUACAUCACUAAAAGAACAUCUAAGGAUAACGGGCAAAAGACUGGCUUAUCCUCUAGAAAUCUGCAUUACAGCCCUAUCCGAAUAUGGUCUUUCAGAAGAAGGUCUGUUCAGGGUAGCAGCGAGUACCACCAAAGUGAAACGACUGAAAGCAUCCAUAGAUUCUGGCUGUUUUGUUGCCUUGAUCCCAGAAUAUAGGGACGCCCAUGUACUGGCCAGUCUGUUGAAGCUGUACCUCAGAGAGCUGCCCGAACCUCUGUUGACUUUUCAUCUGCACAAAGAAUGGUUAGAAGCCGCCCAAUUGCCGGACAAUCAUAGACUAGAAGUGGUUAAGAGCAUCGUUCAAAGGUUACCACAAGAGAACAAAGAUAACCUCUCAUACCUCUUUCAGUUCCUUUCAAAGCUGACGAAGCAUCCUGAGAACAAGAUGACGUCUUCAAACCUGGCCAUCGUAAUGUCACCUAACUUGCUGUGGAACAAACAUGAGAACAUCAAUGUAAACAUAGGCAAUUGUGUGACGGUCAAUACGCUGAUAGAAUUGUUCAUCAAAGAAGUGGAUGUGUUGUUCCCUGAAGACGCCAGCAAAUAUGUAACGUUACCGGAGAAUUUUCAUGAAGAGGAUUAUAUUACGAACCACAAGUCAAGCAAUCCGAAUCUGAACGUCUGUUGGGAGAGUCCAAGACCUAAUACCAGGAAAAAGAAAUGUGCCCCGAUACCACCAGGUCACCACACGCCGCACAUCAUGUCGAAAUCCGACGACGAUUGCGUCAGCUUGAAGCAUUCUCAGGACGUCAACACUUCUCCACCAAGUAAGGUGAAAAGCCAAAAUAAUUCGCCUGCCAAAGCCGAGAAGAAGGAUAGUGCUAGUCAGACAACUCAGAAGGUAGUAGAUAUUCGGGCGACAGUGACAGAAAACAUGAUCAACACUAACAAAAAUCAACAGCCAGUUAUGAACAGUGUGAGGUACAUAUCAAGCGCUGUGCACCCCGUGAUCCACGACAACCGUAUCGAAAAAUCUGCUAAGACAACGGAAACCAUGGAUACAACCCAAAUCAGGCGGAAAGACCCAGACACAAAACCGGUCGUACCCGCCAGACCAUCAUCGCUGAACAUGAUGAUGCGAUCCGCGGACGGAGAUAUCUUCAAACGAACGCAAUGCUCGGUGUAUAACGUGGCCAACAAGCAGCAGCCCAGCUACAUCAACAUACAUCAGAAGCAUGAAGUCUUCCAGCCGGGACAUGAUAAUAAUAUUGGCGAGAAGGAGAAGUUUCUCGGGCAUAAGGUUAAAGCGGUAGAAAAUGAGAAUGUGGCGACCGAGAUGCAGGGUAGUAGAGAUAUUGAAUCAAAAACGGAGGUCGACAACGUAAAACCUGAUGCAAUAGAAACAGACAUCGCGAUGAAAUCCUAUGUAAAAUACGAAGAAAACCCUGUUGACCUCGAGAUAAAACCAAACGUAAGAUUGGAUACUCCAAUGCCAGAAAUAAGACCGACCGACAGUGAAAGUAAAAUCAGUAUAGAUAACGGAAAACCACCUCCAAGACCCUCUGACCCUGAGGCGAAAUCAAACGUGAGAUUGGACACUGCAAAGUUGAUCGAAGCUGACACUAAAAUGACAGUAGAUAACGGCAAACCACCUCUAAAGCACAUUGAAAAUGAAACUAAACCAAAGGUGGAGCACCCUAAACCCCUUCCGAGGUCCAUCGAUUUGGGGGUCAAAAACAACCAAAAAUUAAAGCAUACAGAGUUGCAAACGAAGUUUGAAUCAAUGACGUUAGGAAGGUCACCGGAAAAGAACCUCAUUCACAAGUCUGACGAGCAACUCAGUAGCGUCAACCCCGAACCUAACCCAAAUUGUGAUAGUAACAGUAAUAGUAGUAAGCCUCAGAAGUCUAGUCACGCUAGGACUAGGUCGGAUGGUGGACUGAUAGACUGUGGUAUGAACGUGCACCAUUUGAAGACCUUGAACAAACCGACACAACCUCCACCCCCACCGCCUCCCAGCGUCUGACUUUAUUAUUAUAUUAUAGGAAUUUUAACUAUUCUAGUUGUUGAUUGUUGAGAAUGGUAUCUGAGGUCUGCCAAAGAAAGAAGAAAGACUGUUUUAUUCACUUCGGAAACAUCCAUUUCUUCUUCUUCAUAUAACUAAAAAUGUUUCGCGGGAGUAAUAUCUGUAGACCGGCGUGAAAGUUGGUACGAUUUGUGUUAAUUCUGUUUGAUGUCAACACUUUCUUUUUGCAUAUUUAUAAUAACACCACAGAAAUGAGAAAGUAUGUACUGUUAACUAUUCUCUUCAUCUAUUCCUAGUUACUAUACAUCUAUCUAUGUUAUAUUAUCCACACUUGUUUCUACCUUAGUCCAGUUUUCGGGUUUUGAAAAAGUUCUAUUGUAGAAAAUUAUACUGGCGAAUUUAUCUACCAAGUUCUAGCGGUAUUUUUAAGUCUUCCAUUUUCUAUAGAAUUGUUACUACUCCCGCUAUAUAACAAUCAUAUCAAAGCAACAUAUUAAGUAGGUAGUCACAAUAUAGAAAUAUAAAGUUUACACAACCUAUAUAGGUAAGUUUGUUUUCCUAGAAAAUGUACCUUAUGCCAAUUCAGGUUUUGCAUUGAUCAGAAAAAUCGAAGCUAUUCUAGUUUUGACUUUUAGAGACAGCUAACUUUGACCUGUACUUUCAUUAGGUUAUACUUGCAAUAAUGGUAUAAGGUCAUUACUUGAUGGAAAAAGAUCAGUCGAGUUUACUUUAACUUUCAGCUGCCCGUUGUGCGUCAUGUAGUGCCACCGUCAUUAUGGUAUUCUUUUUAUAUUCAAUAUUUUGUUGAAUAUCCAUGAUAUAUAUUUAAGAAAGGAAGUAACGUAGAUGCCAUUAUACAAAGCCAUAUCAGUCUAUUGUAGUCUUUCUAUGACAGAGCCUCAGUUUUUAACCGCGCACCAUUCAUUUGCAUUUAAUCUAUUGCAUUUUAGACAAAAAUUUGGUUUUCAAGCAUUCUUUAAACUAGGUCUACGCUUCAACGUACUUUAUUUUUUUCUAUAGAUGUCCUUUAAUGAAUAUUGUGCAAAUAUGUCUUUUUAUUUCAGCCACAAUUUCUUUUUCUGAGAAGAGCGGAAAAGUGACGCAAGACACAUUACGUCUUCAGCAUAUGCAACUUAAUUUUUAUUGGUGCUUUUAAUACUAGCCGUUCGAUUUUAAAUGAUCAACUGUUAUGAAUGGACAUAUAUGUUACCGGGCAAACCCGAUUUUAAGAUAAAAUAGUUUUUUUCCUAGGCCAAAUCAGUGUAUCCGAAAAGCGAUAGGAUGAACUAUUGUAUCCUAGUCUAACCUGAUUUGUCCUAAAAUCAAUUAAGUGUCAUGAGGCAAAACUGAUUUGACCUAGUCUACAUACAGUCUCUUCACAAAAGUAAUGUUUUUACUACUAAGUGAAGAAAAUACUAUUAUUAUAAACAUGUUUAAUAACUUUUAUUAUUUACUUGUUAUUACAUGUCAAACUAUUGUGGCAUUUCGAGUUGCGGAGAACGUUAUUUUUCUUGCAAAGGCAUCGAUUUGACGUACACUUCAUGGUGCAACUACACUUAAAGAAACCUUGGCCUGUUCCAACUGAAUGUUUGAUCGCUGAUGUUUUUAACGAAAGUGCAAGUAUGUUCUUCCAACAAAAACUUUUGUGCGCAGAUAUCGAAUUCAUUUCUGAAAUGAAAAUAUUCAAUUUAAAUAAAAUGAAAACCGCAACUAAAUAAACAAUUACCUGCAAUACAAUUUUUGUAAGAUAACAUGCUUGGUGCCAAUCUUAUAAAAUCCGUUAUCAGAUGCUUCAAGCACAACUCCAAUAACGUUCCGAAGAUCUCCUUUAGCCCUAUCUAGAUCAGGAGUAGGUAUGAUGAUGUUAUCUCCAACUUUCGUUGGUGGAUGCAGCCAAUAUUCUGUCAGGACCACCAUGUCCCAUGUCAUAUAACUCAUCGGCGGUGAGAUAAUACUUUAUAUUAUUUGUAUUUUCUUCAUCUCGUGCGGUAAGUUUCUUUCCACCAUAUCAAAUCUUUUCAGUCUUCUUUGUUGCAAGGGUGAUUUCUUUUCCGUUUUUUUAGUCUCUUCCACCUGUUGUAUAAGUGCCAAACACUUUUCCUUUGUCAAAACAUUAAAAUGAGUUGAUUUUUCGUCCUCAGAUCUUAAAAUCUCUUCCAGAAUGUCUGCCUCUACUCUUUUGACCUACGUAUCAACUUGAUGAUGACUCAUCCAUGAUAAGGAGAUAUAGAAAUACACUCCGAACUUUAGAUCAAACAACACAAAAUAUUUCAAAAUGUCUGGGUUAUGAAUAACGGCACAAUACGCGUGCAAACUAAACGAGCCAAAGCCAAGCAGCUACCUUUUAUUAAUUUAUUCAUCAUAAUUAAUUUAUUUCAGGAUAAACUAUCGCUCGUAAGAUAAACUGAUUUGGCCUAGGAAAAACUAGUUUAUCAUAAACUCGGGUUUGUCCGAUAACAUAUGUAACUUGAAAUGACGAAUUUUUAUUAUCCUCAAUCGGCGCAAAAAAUACUUGAAAUAGACAUGGAUGGACGGGCCAUCCAAUUAAACAGUGUCAAUGUCUUAUGAUACAUAAAUAUUUGCACAGUAUUUUUAGAGCACAUUGCAACAUGUCUAGCUUUUGAAUCUAUACGUAGAUAUUUUGUUUGGUAACAGCUAUUAUUAUUAUUGAUAAUUGAGAUAAUUACUAGCUCAACAUCUGUUUUAUGGCUUUCGCAAAAGGCGUAUCAAAUGCCAUUUGUUAAAUGUUGAUUGUUUGUUGAUAAAAAAAUAUUUAGUUGUGUAUCAAAUGCAAAUGGUGAGUUUAUGAAUUUGCCACCUUGUUUUCUAUGUAUUUUCUAGUACUGUCCUAAAGUGAUAUAAAAAUAAAAUUGUGAAAUCUAAAUAGUAAUUCUAUGGCUGAUUAUAUAUAUUUAAUUUGCCAUUUUAUUUUUUGAAUGUGUAUAAACCGGAUCGCAACAGAAUGGUUAAUCCCUUUGGUAGAAACUUCUUUGGACUGGUUCAGGUUUGAGACCAUUUGAUAUGCUUUAGCGCGAAUGGACAUGC